UUUGAAAUGCGCCAAUUAGACUUCCGGUUGGACGGCGUUGGCGUGCAUUCAUGUAGACAACGCGUGUGAGAAUUUGAUAGCAGAUUGGUGUGAUUGCGGAGAGUGGAAAAAGAGAAAAUAAGAGGAGAGGGAAGAGGACGAAGGAGAGGUGUCGAGACGUUGGUAGAAACAAGAAAUUGAGCAGGAGUGGACCACAAGGAAGGAUCCAAAAGCUGACCAAAGAACAGGUUAGGAAUCAACCGGAAGGAAAGAGAAGAAAGCGAGGAGAAAGAGCAAGCACGAAGAGACUACAGAGAUAGUAAACAGAUGGCGCCACCGGGAAGACCGGCAGGAGGUAAGGCGAAAGAGGAAAGUAAAUGCAAUAGCAUGGAAAAAUACGUGACAGGAGGAGAAGAGAUAAUAAUAAAAGAAAUGAAAAAGAUAGGAAGAGAGAUUGAGGAAAAUAUAGGCAAGAGGAUGGAGAAGAUGAUAAUACAAUUUGAACAAAUUAGAGAAGAGUGGAAAGAAGAAAAACGGACAAGAGAAGAGGAUAGGAAGAAAGACAAAGAAGAAUGGAGAGAAGAGAAAAAGAACCUGGAGAAGAGAAUAGAAAUCCUGGAAUGGGAGAGUGAGAAAAAAGAUAGAGAGAAACGGAAAAACAACAUAGUAAUUAGAGGAGCAUUCAAAUGGGAAGAUAAUAAAAUGGAACAGGAAACAAAGGACUUCAUAAGGGAUAAUCUGAGGAUAGAAGCGAAUAUAAACAAAGCAUUUAAGGUACAGAACAGAGGAGGUAAGUGCACAGUAGUAGCAGAAGUAGGAAGCUGGGAGCAAAAGAGAGAGAUAAUGGUCAAGAAGAAAGAGUUAAGGGCUGGAAUUUUUAUCGAUGACGAUCUGACAAGAAUGGAAAGGGAAAUGCAGUCGCAAUUGAGGGUAAAAGCGAAGGAAGAAAGAGAAAAAGGAAAAAAGGUCAAGGUGGGAUACGGAAAGAUCAUGAUAGAUGACAGAUGGUACCGAUGGAGCGCAAGAGAGAAGAAACUGACAGAGGAGAAAAGAAGAGGAGAAGAAUGAGA